AUGAAGAAAUCGGUGAAAUUUUCCACUAUAUCCUUCCCACGUAAUUUAUGUCCAACGUUUCGUCCAAGGGAAAUAAAUGCUUUGAUUAAGUCCAAAACUCCUUCGUGUUCUUUAGUUUCCACCUUUUUUAAUUUUUCAAAGUCUCCUCGUUCUACAUUGCCCCGCAUAAAUUCUCUCUUAUUUUUCGAUUCUUCUUCAAUUACAUCGACCAAUUUAUCUAAUCACGAUGCGUUGAUUACAAAAACAAAUAAUUCUCACUUUUUUCUAUUUCCUCAAAUCCUCCGUCGUUCUUUUCACUCGUAUAGUGUUUCAAAUUUUAAUUCUUCAAAAAGAACUUUUAAAUUUCAUUCAUCUGAACAUAUUAAAUAUCAAGAAGCAAAUGAUAAUCUCUCUUCACAUCCAUUAUUAAAUCUUACUAAUCCUUUUCCAACUACGACUACACGAAAUGAGAAUUUCAUAUUUAAUCAUGGUGCUUCUGGUAUACCAAAACAUACUGAUAAAACUAUUUCGACUGUAUGUGAUGGGGAAUGGUUUAGUAUUGAAUGUGGUGAAGAUAGUUUCUUCAGGCGUCAUGAUUCUUUAGGCGUAGCUGAUGGUGUUGGCGGCUGGCGUAACGUUGCACCAUCCCCUAGUGCUGUUGCUAAUUCUGCUCUUUAUUCGCGAAAAUUGAUGCACUAUGCGUAUGCGGAGCUUGAAAAAUAUGAUAAUAUUGAUGAUGAAAAGUUUUAUCACUAUAAUGAUGUGAAUCCCGUAGAUAUUUUGCAAGCAAGCUAUGAACAAAGUAUGCGUGAUUGCACCUUGGAGAGCAUAAUUGGUUCUUCAACAGCUUUAAUCGCGAUUUUACGAAAUGAUGAGCUUCGGAUUGCAAAUCUUGGGGAUUGUGGUAUUUGUAUUAUUCGUCAUAACAGUUUCAUUUUUAGAAAUGAGGAACAACAACAUUCAUUUAACUACCCAUAUCAAUUGGGUAGUGCUUCUAAUGAUACUCCUAAAGAUUCACAAACAUUUACGGUUAAAAUUCAAUGUGGCGACAUUGUAGUUGUGGGUUCUGAUGGUAUCUUUGAUAAUUUAUUUGAUGAAGAUAUAUUAGAUGAAAUUCUCCCAUUUAGUUGUCCAAAACGGGGUUUGCAGGUUGAACCUCAAAUAAUUAGUGAUGCACUCGUUUGGCGUGCUAAAACUGUGAGUGAAGACCUCCAUACUACAAGUCCAUUCCAAAGCAGGGCAUUGUGUGAAGGUUUAUAUCAUCAAGGUGGAAAAAAAGAUGAUAUUAGCUGUUUGGUUGGAGUUGUGACUCCAAAAAAAUGA